CUAUUUUUUGAGUUGGUAUGCUUUGAGUUGUUGCAAUUAAGGUUUACAGUUUCAAUGCAGUACACAGCUUUUCUCCCACACACAAAACACUGUGAAGCUGAUGAGAAGUCUCUUGUUGUAGAUGCAUCAAAGUGGAGCUCGACAAACUCCUCAGGAGGAGGCUGCCAAAUAGGUUGGCCUUCAGCUGAGAUCAAGACUGAUUCACAAUUGAGUUUUUCCUCCAUUUUGAUAGUAAUCUCUGAAUAGAUAAUUUUCUCCAAGAAGAAUGCACUAAACAGGAGUAGCUUGCUUCUCAAAACCCAAUAAAUUUCUAGAUUUCCACAUAGCCCAUAGAAGAUUAACCAGCUAUAGUAGAUUGGAUCCCAGUAGUAGGUGCUUCCGUUACUCUAAACUGCAGGUGUGAUGGUGACACAGUUUCCCUAAUUGUUUCCGUCUCUUCUGUUGUCUGUAUUGCUGUGGAGUGUCAGGUUGGUUGCCUGUGACCUGCACAAGCUGGUUGAAAGCGUCUGUCCAAAUCUGAUUCUAUGCCCUAAUUGCGGGACGAUUUCACGGGUCAUGCAGGAAUUAUGGUCCAAACAUGGAUGUGGAUAUGUGUAAGGGAGUUCAGUACCUUGAUGAAAUCAAGGAUUCAGUUGUCGCAGAGCUUUCAUGGGUGUCAAAGGAAGCUGUGCUACCAGAAGAGAACAUGACGGGGUAUAUGCAUGUGACGUGGUUCUCCAUACUGAUGUCAUUUGCAGAGAUGCUGGACAGGUCAUUCCUACCCCUAGGAGGGCUAUGCAACCUCAGUGCCUCACAGCUAAACCUAGACUUUAUGUAUCGAGAUCCAAGCUCCGGAGACUUGUCUUGGUGGUGUUUACGGUGUCCUCUCUACAACAUCAAAGCUUAUCUACCCGUCAUCGAGGCAUUUGGUUUCUCUUGUUACCAGCUUAAGGCUGCGACAUCAGGACAGGCUUUUCCCCUGUGCCUGUUUGAUCAUUGGGAUACAGUGGUGUCUGAUCCUUUGGAGCCUGGUACUUAAGCUGAAGAUCUUGUUAUGAACAGAUAACCUCUCUCUCUCUGUGAUUUCGAGGACAAGAAAAUACAUGUGAUAAAAUGCCUGGCAAACCUGAAGCUAAUUUACUAAUUUAUGCACAAACAGUAAAUGAUUUUAGCUAAUUUACUUACAGGUCUGAAUCCAAAACAUGAAAUACAGAUUUCCAACCACCAAAUCCAGCAUACAGUAAUAUAUUCAAGACAAACAAAUUCGAAU